AUGAAUAGCACCAUGGUGAGGGAAUUCAUACUCUUGGGGUUUACGGGCAACCGAAAACUUGAAAUUUCCCUUUUUCUGGUUCUUUUUGGGAUGUAUAUUUUAACCAUUAUGGGGAACGUGAUAAUAAUUGUGGUCACAUUGGUGGAUCACCACCUCUACACCCCAAUGUAUUUCUUCCUCCGCCAUUUUGCAGUCUUAGAGAUUGGAUUCACCACUUCCAUUACUCCCAACGUAUUGGUCAACAUGGCCAUGGGCCGUAGAAGUAUCUCCAUAUCUGGUUGCUUCACACAGUUCUUUCUGUACUUUGUGUUGGGGACAACAGAGUUCUUUCUUUUGGCAGUAAUGUCUGUUGACAGAUAUGUGGCCAUCUGUAACCCUCUUCGCUACUCAACUAUAAUGCAUGGUCAAGUCUGCUCACUGCUGAUCCUUUGCUCUUGGCUUGGAGGUUUUCUACUGAUCCUUGGUCCAGCAGUUGCAUUAUUUCAGAUGCCAUUUUGUGGCCCAAACACCAUCAACCAUUUUUUCUGUGACAACGGACCCCUGAUCAAACUUGCAUGUAUCGACACGAGCCUACUUGAACGCAUGGAUUUUCUCAUUGCUACAAUCUCUCUCAUCGGGACCUUGAUAGUUACCAUUGUGUCCUAUGUCAACAUUGUUUCCAGCAUCUUGCGCAUUUCAUCUUCUACUGGGAGGCAGAAAGCCUUCUCCACUUGUGCCUCCCACAUCACUGUGGUGUCUAUCACUUAUGGCAGCUGCAUUUUCAUGUACAUCAAGCCUCAAGGCAACAGUGAGUUCAACUUCAGCAAGUCAGUGGCGAUUCUUAAUGUAGUUGUGUCUCCUUUUUUGAAUCCAUUCAUAUACUGCCUAAGGAACAGGCAGGUUCAGGAUGCCCUGCGAACUCUAUGUAGACAGGGGACUGGGUUUUGUAAAAGGUCUGUGUGA